AUUUCAGACCUGUGAGUAUAUCUAAGUGUUCACUUUGUUGGUAGCUUCUCUUUUAUGUCAACAUAAUUGACUGCCGACUGGAUACGCGUCCUAUGUUAAGAUAAAACUUGUUGAAUAAUUUAUACGAUUAAAUAAUCAUGCUAUUCGCAAAUAAAUCUUCAAAUCAACUAUAUUUUUGGAUGAAUAAAAAUGCCUGGUUGUGCAGCAGUAGGCUGCAAUAAUCGCAGUGAGAAAGGUUAUAUUAUGAAAUGUUUUCCUCGUGAUCCCAAAUUAAGAAAGAUUUGGCAAGAGCGUGUAGCUAGGGCGGAUUGGAAGCCUUCAAAUAAUUCUUUUCUUUGUCAUGUACAUUUUGAACCACAAGAAUGGUCAAUUACAGAAAGUGGUAGAAUUAGGUUAAAAAAAAAUGCUAUACCUUCUAUUUUCACUAUAACAUCAACUAGAAAGUCUCCAAAAAAACGUAAGAAAUUAAUUCAUACAAAGAAAGAGGAUUGUCAAAGUAGUCGAAACAUGGAAUAUCUUGAAGUAGAUACAGAAUGUUCAUCAACUGGGAAUAUUGAAGGAAAAGAUUCAGAUUUUGAAGACAUAGAUGAAAUUUCUCAAUCUUUGACAUUUGAAACUCCUGAUAAUGUUUAUCAAAUGACCAAAAUGAGAAAUAAUUAUGAUGAUCAUAUGCAACAUCAUGUAGCUGCUAACAAUGCUCGAGAUGAAAAUAUGAUUCUAGUCUCGGAUGAAUAUAGUACAGAAAGAGAUCAUUUUCUGAAAAAAAAUAAUACUGUGACACAUACAAAUAAAAGUGAUGAAAUAAGUGGCAAUAGUAAUGGCAAUCGAGGCCUUGCUUUAAACAAUAGUGAAAGUUUAUAUAUGAGAACAGAAAUUAAAUCUGAAAAUACAAGUAAAUUUGAAGAUAAUUAUGACGAUAUAGAAGAAAAAUUGAAACAAAUCUGUGAUGGAAGAAACAUGAAUGAUGAAGAUUAUUUAGAAAAUAAUCGAAUUAAUUGCAUUACCAAAAAACAAAAUGACACAGAAAGAAAUGCAGAAAUAAGUUUAAGCGAUAUUAAUAAUAAAAUUCUAUCAGUGACUGAAAUGGAUUACAAAGAACCUAUAAAGCAUGAAAUAGGUGAUAUUCUUAUCGAUAAUAGAGAAAAUGUUGAAAUUAUCUUUGGUACUGAAAGUGGAGAUGAAAAGAUGGAUACUUCUCAGUCUGUUUCAUGCAUUAGUAAUUCAUUUACAAAUCCUCAUGAAAUUGCAGAUUCUGUAUUAAAUAUGGAUGGUAUUCUUUGUAUCAAAGAAGAGAAAAAAGCCUAUAAUGAAGACAUUGAGGAAAAUUUUGGUAAGGAUGAAGUACAUGUUAUACCAAAUAUGAGAGCAGCGAUGAAACGUAAAAGGAGAACUAGAGAAGAGAUAAUGAAGUCCAUAAAAAAAUCAAUUGGUAGUACAUCCGAGCAAGACAUCAACUUUACACACAACAGUGAUAUUUCGGAUAACAACACAGAGAAACAGACGGGGAUUGAUAUGAAAGCUAAUAACAAAAGAAAUAUAAAAGCUAAUAGUAAUCAUGCACAAAUAGAAAGAACAGAAUUUACGAUCAAAAUAAGCGGUGAUCCUGAUAAUGUAUGUGAUAUUGUCCAAGAGCUAACAGCACAAGAUAAUGCAAAUAAUUUUCAAGAAGUUCAUAAUUCUUGUGAAAAGCAUAAUCAUAGAACUGUGGUUACAUCUGUUAUAAAGCUGAAAGAUUAUCCUAUAAAUCUACAUAAUGUUGCAAAAGAAUUAUGUAACAGUCAUGAAGAUUUUACAAUAAAAAAUAAAGAUUGCUUUUUACAAAAAAACCCUGCAUACACUAAUAAUACUGAAACAAUUAAUUUGAAAAUAGAAUCAGUUAGUGGUACACAGAAAAAUAAUCUUUCCACAAAUUCUACACAAUUAGAUAAAAAGAUGUUUAAUUUUUAUAAUAGUUCUCAAACAAUUAAUUAUAGUAAUAAAAUGGAACAAUUAGGAAACUUAACUGCACAUGACAUAUCUUGUGAUUAUGAGUUGCUGCAACAGAGAUCAAAAAUGCAAGAAAAAGUCAUUCAGAAAUUAACUAAUCGAUUAAUUGUAUUUAAAGAAAUGGAAAAUAAUUUAAGGAAACAAAGUAAAUUGCUACACACUAAGACAAAAGAGGUUGAAAUGUUAACAAAUAAACUAAAUACAAGAGCAUUAUCUACACUGUCAUUAAUUAAUAAUAAAAAAAGUUUAGAAUCAAAACAGAGAUUAAUUGAAGAUUUAUCAAAUAGAGUGAAUUAUUUGGAAGUAGUAAAUAAAAAAUUAAUGAAAACUAUGACGUUAGAAUCUCAGCAAAAAAGAAAGUUAGAAGGACACAUUAAACAAAAAGAUGAGCAGAUAAAAGAAUUGAAUUGGAAAUUAGAAAAAGCAUCUAAAUAUCUUGAAAGGGCAGAAAAAAAUACAAACACUUAUAGAAGAAAGAUGUUAAAUAUGCAGACAAUUAUGAAGAGAAAAAAGUUAUUAGAUGAAAAAAUGAGUUGGUUCAAUGAAUUAUUAAUAGAUAGUAGUAAAGGAGAAUUUUCAGAAAAAAUUUUGAAAACAGCUGUUGCAAUUAGGAAAGAUUGUGGAAAGGAUGGCUAUAUCAAAUUAAUUGACUAUGGUUUUCCCUUACCUUCAUUAACAGCUUUAAAAAAAUUUCUUAAUACAAAUUUGUUAGAAGGACAAAGCAAUGAUGAAACAAAUCAAGAUAUUUUAAAUAAAAAGGAACAAUUAAUAAAAGAUGUACAAUGUUUAAAUAAUGAAACAGAAAUAGAUACAAAAGAUUCUGGUAUACUAGAAUCAGAUAAUAAACCAACAGAUUUAAAUACUACAGAAACAAUAACUGGAACAGUCCAAGAUAUUUUUAAUGAAAAUAAUGAUGGUGAUGACUUUACUUCACAUGAACUUAAGAAACAUUUUAUGGAACAAUUGAGUGUUGUCAUGUAGCCAUAUAUGUAUUCAAUCAAUCAUUUUUCCUUUUUUUUACUCAUUGCAGAUUUAGAUAUAUGGAGAUAUAGGUUUUAAUAUUUGAACACUUUGUUCCUUGUCAUUGUACAAUAACCAUUAAGCAUUUGUGAGUAUUAUUUAUUGUAAAAUGCGAUCAUGAGAAUAAUUUUAGAUGUAAAUAAUGUGUACAAACAGUAUAAAAUUUACAUGUUAUAUCGCCUGUAUGAUAAAUAUGCAUUUGAUUAGUGAAUCUUAGUUAAUUAAAUUGAUACUCUCAAAGAUCA